AUGUGGCUUGGAAGAAAACCCGUCUUACUGGUCUUGACAGCCAUUGGCUUUGCAGCUGGCCAAAACCAAAAAACAUUGACAGACGAAACCAUAUUCCGCCCUUCUUUCACUGUUCGCCAGCAAUCGUCGGACCUCUGCGAUGCCGGCUCUCGACAAUGGACAGGCACUGUAAAUGUCACGGCUGACAAGUCAAUGUUUUUCUGGUAUUUUGAAAGCCGAAAUAAACCUGAGACAGAUCCGUUGUUGUUAUGGAUGAGCGGUGGACCCGGUGCAGCUGGAGAGAUGGGUUUAUUCAUGGGUAGCGGCCCUUGCGUUGUCAAUUCUGAUGGCAACUCGACAAGACGCCUCGAUUAUUCUUGGACAGACCGUGCCAAUGUAGUCUACAUCGAUCAACCAGUCGGGGUCGGAUUCUCCGAAAUCACAGACCGCGACGAUAUCGCUGUCAGUCUUCGACAGGGAGCCAAAGAUGUCUACUCCUUCCUUUCGACCUUCUCACACGACGUCUUCCCUGAGCUCGCAAACCGAUCCUGGCACAUCACCGGCGAGUCAAUGGGCGGCCACUACGUCACAGGCUACACACAGUACAUCGUCGCCCACGAGCGUAAGAACGCCAUGUCUGGCAUUGAGCCCCGGAUCAACAUCUCGUCUGCAAUCAUUCUUGACGGCUAUAUCGACGCCACUCGACAAAUCAUGGGGUACUAUGACUUCUUCUGCACCGAUUGGGCUGCUGAUGGGCGGAAGGCUCCGUUAAUGAAUGAGACUGCUUGUUCACAUAUGGCUGCAGGAAUACCCGAAUGCGAGAAACUAGCUGCGCGUUGUCGGAAAUCAUAUGAUAUCCCGACAUGCCGUAUAGCGAAUGAAGUCUGCGAGGAGACUAUUGGCGAGUACUUUUCGGAUGGCGUGCGACCUGGUGGAUGGGAUCCGUAUGAUGACCGACAUCCCUGCGAAACGCCUCCCUUAUGCUCCAAUCUCGCCCAUGGGCCUACCUGGAGAUUUUUGAAUCGCCCUUGGGUUCAGAAACAGCUUGGAUUCCAUCAUGUGCCAUAUGAUCUUAUUGAUCUCGACACUAACAAGCGCUGGGAUGAGGCCGAGAACAUCCAUCUGCCCGUCACUCGAGAAUUAUCCUAUAUACUCGAUAACACUGACAUCAAAGUGCUUUUCAUCAACGGGAACAAUGAUAUAAUAAUAAAUACUCCAGGACAAAUGAGCAUGUUGGACCAUCAGCCAUGGAAGGGACAAGAGGAGUACCGAAAUCUUGACUACGGAGCGUGGCACUACAGAGACGGCGAAGUUACUUCGGAUGUCGACGGUUGGAAUGUCAGAAGAGGAGGGUUUUGGAAGGGAAACGAUAGGUUGAGCUUCUUUGCUGUUGAUGAAGCUGGACAUCUGUCCGCUCAUCACCAACCAGAAGCUGUUGGCGCGAUAGUUAGGGCGUGGCUUCGUAAUUGCUAA